GCUCUCUGACCACUGGUGGUCCUUCACUUCUUCUUCCUCUUUCCUUCUUUCGUCUUCCUCAUCCGCUCCUCUUUUCCUCCCCUUUUUUCUUCGUGACAUUUUGCGACGUCGGGAGCGGUAGAAAUGUCGGCACAGAUCGCGCCGGCGGAGCAUGUGUGCUACGUGCACUGCAACUUCUGCAACACAAUUCUCGCGGUCAGCGUUCCAAGUAAUAGCAUGCUGAACAUCGUGACUGUCCGUUGUGGGCACUGCACUAGCCUGUUGUCGGUUAACUUGAGAGGAUUGAUCCAGUCACUCCCUGUGCAAGAUCACUCCCAGGAGAGUUUCAGGGCCCACAAUAUCAGCUUUCGUGAAAACUACUCUGAUUAUGGUUCAUCUUCGAAAUACCGGAUGCCAAUGAUGUUCUCAACAAAAAGUGACCAAGAACAUACCCUACACGUGCGACCUCCUGAGAAGAGGCAGCGGGUUCCUUCAGCGUAUAACAGAUUUAUUAAGGAAGAGAUACGGAGGAUAAAAACAAACAACCCUGACAUAAGUCACAGAGAAGCCUUCAGUACUGCAGCAAAGAAUUGGGCGCAUUUUCCAAACAUUCAUUUCGGGCUAGGCUCCAAUGAGAGCAGCAAGAAGCUAGACGAGGCCAUCGUGGCGCCUAUCCCCCAGCAAGUUCAAGGUCUCUACUGAAGAGACAUAUUAUUCCUACAAGAUAUAUCUCAUAUUGUAAGUAAUUUAUUAAGGAAAAACCAAACUUAAUUAUUUCUAAAUCAGUUUGUGUGAGUGAGUGCGUACAUAGAUGAGCGAGUGAUAAGCACGAACUAUAUGGGAAGUGCAUGCAGUUACCUAGCUAGCGUGCGUGCAUGCAUGCACUAAAGUCAUACCUGAAUAAUUAAACCCCUCACCUUGUUGUUAUUUAAUUGUUUGAAAUGUUUGUAUUUCAAUUCGGAUUUCGCUGGUGCAUAUCAAUUUGUCCAUAAUGAUUU